AUGCCGCCCUGGAUCCUCUCCAAAUGCUACCACUGCGUCAUGACCAGUUGCAUCAUGGUAUGUAUGGGACAUUUCUCCAUCCACAACCGCAAGGCCCUCCAGUGGGUGGCGAAGAUGGCCCAGUACACGACUGGGACCGCACUUCCACUCAUCCAGAACAUCUACUCGAAACGCUGCCUGAGGAAGGCACGCAGCAUCAUCAAGGGCCCCACACAACCCCCAGCCACGAGCUGUUCUCUCCCCUACUCAGACCCCUCACCUCCCCAUAGACGUCCUCACAGAGACCUCCCUACACAGAGACCUCCCUACACAGAGAUCUCCCUACACAGAAACCUCCCUACACAGAGACCUCCCUACACAGAGACCUCCCUACACAGAGAUCUCCCUACACAGAAACCUACCUACACAGAGACCUCCCUACACAGAGACCUCUCUACACAGAAACCUACCUACACAGAGACCUCCCUACACAGAGACCUCCCUACACUGAGAUCUCCCUACACAGAGACCUCCCUACACAGAGACCUCCCUACACAGAAAACUCCCUGCACAGAGACCUCCCUACACAGGAACCUCCCUACACAGAGACCUCCCUACACAGACCCCUCACCUCCCCAUAGACGUCCUCACAGAGACCUCCCUACACAGAGACCUCCCUACACAGAGACCUCCCUACACAGAGACCUCCCUACACAGAAACCUACCUACACAGAGACCUCCCUACACAGAGACCUCCCUACACAGAGACAUCCCUACACAGAAAACUCCCUACACAGAGACCUCCCUACACAGAAACCUCCCUACACAGAGACCUCCCUACACAGAAACCUCCCUACACAGAGACCUCCCUACACAGAGACCUCCCUACACAGAAACCUCCCUCCACAGAAACCUCCCUCCACAGAAACCUUCCUCCACAGAAACCUCCCUACACAGAAACCUCCCUACACAGAGACCUCCCUACACAGAAACCUCCCUACACAGAAACCUCCCUCCACAGAAACCUCCCUCCACAGAAACCUCCCUCCACAGAAAUCUCCCUACACAGAAACCUCCCUACACAGAGACCUCCCUACACAGAGGCCUCCCUACACAGAGACCUCCCUACACAGAGACCUCCCUCCACAGAAACCUCCCUACACAGAAACCUCCCUACACAGAGACCUCCCUACACAGAGGCCUCCCUACACAGAGACCUCCCUACACAGAAACCUCCCUACACAGAGACCUCCCUACACAGAGGCCUCCCUACACAGAGACCUCCCUACACUGACCAGUAGAGAGCCAGGAUGGGUUAAGUGGCCAUUUGGGCUCCAUCCAAGCAGAUGA